AUGGACCCAAAUCCUCGGGGAGCCCUGGAGCGCCAGCAGCUCCGCCUUCGGGAGCGGCAGAAAUUCUUCGAGGAAAUUUUACAGCCGGAGACAGAGUUUGUCUUCCCCCUGUCCCACCUGCAUCUCGAGUCACAGAGACCCCCCAUAGGUAGUAUCUCAUCCAUGGAAGUGAACGUGGAUGCACUGGAACAGGUAGAACUUAUUGACCUUGGAGACCAGGAUGGAGCAGAUGUGUUCUUGCCUUGUGAAGACCCUCCGCCAGCCUCCCAGACAUCUGGGCUGGAUGACCAUCCGGAGGAGCUGAGCCUGCCAGUGCCUACGCCAGACAGGACUGCCUCCCGUACCUCUUCCUCAUCUUCCGAUGACUCCACCAACCUGCACAGCCCAAAUCCCAGCGAUGGUGGAGCAGACACGCCCUUGGCACAAUCUGAUGAGGAGGACGGGGCUGAUGGAGGGGCAGAGCCUGGAGCUUGCAGCUAGCGGUGGGCCUACAUCUACAGACUGGUGGAGCUGGCUCUUCUCCACAGGAGACCCUAGGCCCACUUCAGAGAAGACCAGACUCUUUAUUUGCAGUAGGCACCAGGGGGGCGCAAGGAUGGUGGGAUGGCGUACCUCUCUGGGAAUUAACCCUCCUGCUUUCCUGCUAACCUUUUCCUGCUACAACCCUCCCACCAGUUUUUGGCUUACUCCUGAGGUAGGGCUUACAGGCAAGGAGAUGGAAGGUGAGGUAGGAUAAGAUGCUGCUGCUUUUCUUAGCACCCUUCCCUCCCCCAGACUCUGCUGUAGUCUUCCAGUUGAGGCUUCUAAACCCGUGUUUCUAAGUGGAUGUGAACUCCUUAGCACUCCCUGUGCAGUGGUAGGUACUUCAGCCAUCCUGCUCGCCUAUGUCCUGUUUGGGAACAGGACACAGUAUAAAUAAUAAACAAAUAAUCAUAUACCAAC